GUUGCGUUUCGUUCGCUAUAGGUGACCAAAGUGAUGAUGAAAACCUUAUCGGUAUUUGCGAAAAAUCUAAAUUUUCCGGUUCCGGCGUCCGCCCUUACACAAUUAGUAAAGAUAGAUUGGAUUCCCUAAAUAGCAGGUAAGAGGUAUGAUGUGUCUGAUUUACACACAGCUGUAAAAGUGCAUGCCCAUUUUAUGAAUGAAUUUCAGCUUGCAGAGUUGCAGGCGUUCAUAGACUACGUUCAGAUUGCAGUGAACAGCAAGCAUGCCAAAUUACUCGUAAAUCCUAAUACACCCUAAGUUCCCUGCACUGUAGCAUUUAAAUUAAUAUGCAGCGUUUCAACCGCACGUCUGCAUUGGCGGAACUUUAGAUACUGAACCUUUUAUUAUUAACUACAACAACACCUUACGCUUAAUGAAUACAAUAAUAUUAUUUGUGAUUGACCAGUGCCAUUAUUAACACUCAAGAUGCGUGUGCCUGAGAUGAGGAAAUGUUGCUUCUGCAUCCCUCUGCGACCGGGCAUAAUAUUGUGCGGGUACGUCAAUAUUGCGUUCUCAUUACUCGUGCUAUCAUGCCUCGUGAUCACUGUGGAGCUGAAGAAGAAAACGGUAACCAACGACGCGUCCAUAGAGGCGGUCACUUCCACGGUUCUGUUUUGCAUUCUGGGCAUGAGCAUACUUUUGAAUGUUAUGCUGCUUGUGGCUGGUUUUCAGAAAGACAUCCCGAUGCUCCGGCUGUACAACUACUUCGCGCUGGCUACCGCAUUCGCCAUGCUGAUGCCAGCGCUGGUGCUGCUUUUCAGGCUGCAGUACGUUGAGUGGUGGGCAGCUUUGGGCGCUAUAGUUAUGCAAUGCUACGUCAUAGUGUUGGUAAGAAGCGAGGUGAUACGGCUAGAGGGGAAACUGUUCAACCUCGGACAGACGACAGCUCGCACCGACCAAGUCGUCGAUGUUCCGGAUACUGAGACAUUAAUAUAACUUAGGUAUAAUGCGUAUAAUACUUAUUUACAAUUUAAUUGUUUAAACUUAAUUUAUUUUUUACUUAGCAGAUAUGUACGUCUGCGAAUAAAUAAGGCCUAAACGUGUAAACAAAAAAAAAAAGAAAUGAAAAGAUUUGUACGCUUCUGGUAAGCUUCAGUAGUCGAGCCAACCGGGUCAUCGGUUGAUUAUGAACGAUCGGACUGGUCAUCCGAAAGGUCGCAAGUUUAAGAGUCAUGCCUUUGCCUGAAGCGGUAAUUUUUUUAAAUAUAAAAAUGAUCAUUUAAAUUCAUGAUUUUUAAAUGGGACUCUGAGGGCAACUACCAGAUCCAGUGCUGUUACGCCAAAAUGAUCUUAGGAGACUAAUCCCUAUCUUUUUAAUUACCACUUAUAGACAUUUACAGAUUUUGGAAAAAUAAUGACGACAAAAUCGUAAUUAAGUAAAAUAACUUUUUUUUUCUUCAUGCCAAUCGAACCCAUUUCUAUCCAGGAUCAAAUGCUUCUUCGAGAGCCACCUAGGUUACAGCACUCGAGUUUUUAACGUGUAUCUAUUUAAAUUCAUAGAAUAUUAGGUACCUAAUUAAUGAGUAUAGAAAACAUGUAAGUGUUUAAUAAUUAAAUUUAUAACAUUUUAAUUGCAA